ACCUUACAACCUAUUUCUACCAAAAAACCAAACCUUCUCCCCUUCCCUCUCUCCCUCACAUCUCCUCUCCUCUCUCUCCCACCCUUUCUGGUAAAUACCAAAUCGCAAAUCCAUUUUAACACAUAUAAAUACAAAUCCCAAUUGAAAUCCAGAACAGUAAGAGAGAAAGGGAAGAAGGAAGGAAGGAAAAAAAGGGGAAGAAAGAAAAGAGAAAGAGAACCAAAAAGGGGAGAGAGCCUUAGCUGCUCACUCACACCCUCUUCUUAUUCUUUUGUUGUUGUUGUCGUGAGGCCUUCAGAUCUUGAGAUUCUCCCUCAACUCUCCCCCUCAUCUGGGUUCUCUUUCUCUUUGAUCAAUCAACCAGUUCUUUUCUGUGUUCUUCUUCCCCACACAGAAAGAAAGGGGAAACAUUAAGGAAAAAAGGAGGAAAAAACUGAAAAGCCUGCUCCUUUUGGGUAAUUGCUAUCUUAAAUUUUGGAUCUUAUUAGUUAUCACACAUUUCUUAGUCGAAGCUUUUGUCUUCCGUUCAUUUGGAUUACUGGGUGGCGAUCGGUUUCCUUUUGGCCUCAUCCUAGUUAUCGAUCAAUCGGUUAGUAGUUCGUAAAGCCUUUCUGGAUUGAAUCCAAGAGUACCCACUUGAUACAGAGACACAUCCCUGCAUAUAAAAUCUGGGUGAGCUUUUUUCUGCUUGAUUUCUGCGUCAAGGAUUUGGAAAUGGAUCUCGGAAAGCUGUUCAUUGGUGGGAUUUCAUGGGACACCAAUGAAGACCGUCUGAGAGAGUAUUUCCAGGUAUUUGGGGACGUUCUGGAAGCUGUGAUUAUGAAGGAUCGGUCCACAGGUCGAGCCCGCGGCUUCGGCUUUGUUGUCUUUGCUGAUCCUGCUGUUGCUGAGCGAGUUGUGAUGCAGAAGCACCUCAUAGAUGGUCGAAAUGUAGUUGAGGCGAAGAAAGCCGUGCCUAGGGACGAUCAGAACAUUCUGAACCGAACCAGCAACAACAGCAGCCUUCACGGAUCACCUGGUCCAACUCGGACCAAGAAAAUAUUCGUAGGAGGUUUAGCAUCGACAGUAACAGAGACCGACUUCAAGAAUUACUUCGAUCAGUUUGGAACAAUCACUGAUGUUGUUGUCAUGUACGACCACAACACUCAAAGGCCAAGAGGUUUCGGGUUCAUCACCUUUGACUCAGAAGAAGCUGUGGAUAAAGUGCUGUACAAGACAUUCCAUGAGCUCAAUGGCAAAAUGGUUGAGGUGAAACGGGCCGUUCCAAAGGAACUAUCCUCCUCUGGUCCGGCCAGGUCGAACCAGUUUGCUGGAUAUAACUAUGGAAUUACCAGAGUCAAUAGCUUCCUCAAUGGCUACUCCCCUCAGGCACACAAUCCAAAUUCUGUUGGACUUAGAAUGGAUGGUAGAUUCAUGCCAGUCACUGCAAGUCGUAGCAGCUUUUCUCCAUUCAAUAGCGGGUAUGGAUCAGGUCUAAAUUUCGAGCAAGGUCUGAGUCCAAGUUAUGGUGGCAACUCAAGCCUUGGGUCAAACAUUGGGUUCGGCCGGUUGAGUCCUUCAUACAGUGGCAAUUCGAACAGGUACUGGAGCCCCAUUGGUUAUGGAGGAGGAAACAAUUCGGGCUUGAAUUCUGUUUCUCGUACUUUGUGGAGCAAUGAUAACAUUUCUCAAAAUGCAAACUCGAACGGCGGAGGUUGGAACUCGGGGCUCAGUUCCUUUUCUGGAGCUCUUUGGGAUUCCUCGGUUAAUGCAGGGCCAGGUGGUGGUUUGGGACCCGCGUAUAACAAUGUCGGUGGUGGAGAGUUUAGUGUUGGACUAGGAGGGGGAGGAUAUGGAAGAAACAGUGGGGCGGGUUUUGCGCCUGUGGCAUCGCGUGCUGCUGCUGCAAAUGGAGGUUAUGACAGGGCGGCUUAUGCUGACAUUUAUGAGAAUAGUUCACUCUAUGGAGAUUCUUCCUGGAGAUCCCCAACAUCAGAGUUGUUUGAUUCUGGAAUUGGAAAUGCAGCUUCGGAUGUUAUUACUAAGAAUACUGCAGCUUAUGCUGGUGGUUAUGGCAUUGCUGAUAGACAGUCAGAUAGAGGAAUUGCUGCUUAGGAUGAAAACAAAGAUUGCUACUGUAGGUGAAAGAGUACAUCAUCAACAUUUGAAGUAAAUGUGGUACAUUACAUGUUUCUUGGACCUGAAGUUUACUUUCUUACCUAUUUUUCUUACCCCCCUUUGAUGUUUAUGUGAGGAGGAUCUUGAGAUUAGAGCUAAUCAAUUUAUCGGGUUAUCGAACGAAAUUAUGGUUAGAGAGCAGAGCAGGAGAGAACAAUUCAGUCAGGAGGAAUUUCUUGUGUAAGGUUCUUCAUGUGGCAGCAGAAAACUGUUUAGUCCUUGUCAAGUGCGGAUUUGGAAUCUUAAUUAGGGUUUGUACAAGUUGAUUGGCUUUCACUAGUUGAGAGGGACAUUUAUUGCUUACCUUUCCCCUCUUUGGAAAUAAUAAUUUUUACAGAAUACUGAUUUAUGUUAAUUUCUCCAUUUUUUUGGUUGUGGAUGGUGUUACUAAUCCAGCAUUUUC